AUGGCAGAUCCUCAGAGGCUUGAUAAAAACUUGGAUGUUGCGGCUGCUGAGGCUGCUGUGGCUGCUGCAGUUGCUGCCACUACAUCGGUGACUGUACAGGAAAACAUUCAAGAGUUGAAGAGUCCGAAUUAUUUUGCCCAACUCAUACAAGGAGAGCCUUCGAAAUCGUCAAAUUUAGAUAGCACUAGUGCGAUUGAGGCCAAAGACUCUGGAGAACUCAUCGAGCCAAUACUAGUAGUCAAAUGCUCACGGUGCAGAGUUAAGCGAGUUAAGGAGACGGAAGAGAUGUUGCACAAGUAUCAUACAUGCGUGAACUGUCGUAUGAAGAGAAGAGUAAUGAAACGAAAGCUUCGAUCUCCUUCCAGACUACCUAAUUUGAUUGAUGAUUGGGGCAAGUAUCAGCAGAAGGUGGCCACCAAUGCUACGAUGGAUUUGUUUGAACAUAACUAUCGAAACUAUACCGAUGAAGUACUAUUUCCUAGAUAUAAGGUGGGUGAAUUGAACGACGAGAUCGUCGAAAGAAUCAGUAAGAAGUUGGUGGAUCACUACAUUUCACCAUUACAGAUGUUAACUGGAUUUAGAUUCACGGUUCGAGAUCAUCAUCGCCCUUUACUUCAACAAUCCAAUAGAGCGAAGAAGAUUACGUGGAUGUUUGUAUGUUCUCAAGAUAAGCUUCAUCGACGAGAAUCCAGGAGUCACCAUAAGAGGCGGGUGAUAAAUAGGUUAAAGACAGAGGAGUGUGCAUCCAAGAUCACUUUGAAUUAUGAUCUAUUGACUGGGAUGAUUCAGAUGAGUUAUAAUCAUAAGCAUCAUUAUCCUUACAACUGGAAGAAACACAGCAGAAAACGCAAGCUUAACGCUGAAAAUAUCGAUGCUCAGGAUGUGAUUAAUGAGUUUAUUGCUCAAAAUGAGAGCACCGGGCAUCAAUUAAACACUAGCCAGAUAGUGGAAUUGGCGACAAGAGCCACUCAAGAAGGAAGGGGCAAGGAAUCAGAGGUACCAAAGGAACCAAAGGAACCUCAGGAACCACAAGAACCAAAGGAACCAAAUAAGUUUUGCCAACUCGAUAUUGCAAAAUCUUUGGACUCCUCUGCUGAAUCAUUGGUUACUGAACAACCCACUUCUACUCGGCAACGAAUUAUGAUUGAUCAACGCUUACUCAAGGAAGAUGCUAUAUAA